UAUGGUGUACUGUCGAAUCCUCCGGAGGUCCUCAUGUACUAUAUUCGCAGCGGAGGGCGAACAAGGAAGACGGUUAUAAAUUGUCUAUCAGAUGCACAGGACGACCCGGAUAAAGAUCACGGAGCUGAACCCCCACUUAAUCUGCGUACUGUGUGGGGGUUACUACAUUGACGCGGCCACCAUUAUCGAAUGUCUUCACUCCUUUUGCCGGACAUGCAUUGUACGAUACUUGGAAUCCAGCAAAUAUUGUCCGAUUUGUGAUGUUAUGGUACACAAGACAAAACCGCUACAGAAUGUUAAAUCUGACAAAACGUUACAAGACCUUGUGUAUAAGCUAGUUCCAGGUUUAUACAAAAGUGAAAUGAAACGCAGACGAGACUUAUACAAUGCCCACCCAGAAGCAGCUCAUCACUGCACUGGGCCGAGCGAAGAAAAGGGCGAUGAAGACCAGGACCGCCUUAUUUACACAUACGAUGAAAAAAUCAGUCUUUCGCUUGAGCUGUACUCUGAAUGUGUCCCAGAGGAAGUUCUAGACCAAAAUAACGAAGACAAUCCGGACCGAAUGAAGAAACGGGACGUGCGGUAUCUACAAUGUCCAGCGGCAGUAACCAUCGGUCACCUCAAGAAAUUCAUCCGGAUGAAGUUUGACCUGCCAUCUCGGUACAAGAUCGAUAUUUUCCAUUCUUUUGAGCCGUUGGAUGACCUGUUCACCUUGAUGGACGUGGCAUAUAUUUACACGUGGAGGCGGCAAUCGCCCUUGAGACUCGUAUACACAGUGUUUGAAUUAGCCAGGAACUACAAGAGAAAGUGUGAAGAUAUAACAUCAGUUUCUACGGAGGAAAGCACUCCUUCUCAAAAAGAAGUCGUAAAAGAAACGCCCGUUAUUGAGAGAGACACAUCACCUACACAACCUGCCAGGGAAGCCAGCCCUCCUUCACAGACAGCACCUGCACAUGCACAGACAGUGUCACCUGUAACGCGAGACGAAACACAACAUACUAACGAAUCUCCACCGCCAAUAAAACAGAAUGGAAAAGACUCAUCCCAAAAGGAAGUUAGUGCCCCUAUUAUUAAGAAAAACACAUCCAAGUAUAUGGACCGGCUAUCGUAUCCGGCACCUCCUUCUCUCAGCAAAGGACUCUUGAGUAAACAUACAAUAGAUAGUGCUGGGUUCAAACCGUUGGAAGACGUGAACAGUUUCAGUAACAAUGGUGGAAGUGUGUAUGAUUUUAACGAUGGCCGUGAUAGUCCCGUUCCAGCUUUCACUGCGCCUUCAGUUGGUGACGGUGAAAAUGGUAAUAAAGGACCCUUAAAACAGACAUCGGGAAAGAAAAGGAAAAUUGGAAACGGAAAACUAUCUUAUAUAGCAGAUGCACGCUUACAGGACAAAGUUAUCUCUAGUAAGGCAAAAGUAACGAAAGAUUUGACGAAACCUAACAAAACACCUAAAGAAAAGAAGCAACCACUAUUCGAUAUAAGAGGAAAAGUGAAAUCAUCGAAAUUCAAUGGAAUUUACACGCAACAUGUGUUGAAUGGGCACAUCGGUGACUAAAUGUUGGUUUUAUGUUAGUGUUGAUUCAGACAUAGUACCAUGUGUGAUUACAGAAAGAUUUAAAGCAGCUAUAUACUUUCUUAGCCAUUGUGGUAAAGCCAAAUAUGAAGGGAACAAUUGUAAUUAUUUGUUGAAAAUUUCUUAUUGGAUGUAAGUGUCUGUUAUGGCGGGAUUAUGUCUUACUGCGAAUGUGGAUAUUUCUUCAGCGUCAUGUUACAGUUGAAUAGACAUGAUCACGUCUUGCAAGUUGAUAAUACAUUCAGGAUCACAAGCUAGUGGAAUCUGUAUUUUUUGUUCUUGACCACGCGUACUGUUUUUUUUCUCUCUAGAAAAAGUAAAAAUGAGAGGCAGAAAAAAUCUCGAAACGACAGACAAAUGAGAUUUUGAAUAAAAGGAAGUGAUCUUGCUAAUCUCUGGUUACAUGAAAAUUAAAUUGCCUUCUGAAAUGUAUAAAUACACAUUUCAUGUAGUUGUCGGAAGAAAACCUCCCGUGCCCUUUGGUCUGCGCAUGCACGUAACUAAAACGACAAUGCGAAGUAGCAUUCGGAUGUUGUGAGUACCGUAAUAUACAAUGUUUAUUAAUUAACGGGAAAACCAGAAAUCUAUAAAGUUACAAGGUCGUUAUGUGGACUGGGGACUCUUAAUCACGGAUUAGGUUGUUUAGGUGAUGUACAGUAACCCUACUAUUGUUUGAAAAGUCUACUCACGUGCCUAAUUUGUGGGGGUGAAAUGAAAAGUUAACUUCAUUUGAAAUUGUUACAAUCGUAGACAUCAUUCAAUCAUCGAAGUUUUUUCAAUCUCGUGAGGAUAUAUCAGAUUUGAUCGAAUUUCCAUUGGAUACUAAAACAUUUAUACAUUGAUUGUCAGUUUAUAAGCCUGAUACAAAAGUUCCAAUUUUGAUGAAAAUCAACUAUACAAUGUCUGAUUAGAAACAAAUUGCAUUUUAAUUAUGUAUAUCUGUGAUGUUAAAAUUAAUCAAUCAAGCUUGGAUAUUUUUUGGGAAAUGAUGAUUACUUAAUCUCUCCUCCUUUGCCAACUCGCUGUUACAUGUAGUUAUGACUUCAUAUAUAUUUCAUGGUGUCCUACCUGUACUUGAAUCGUUGAAGCUAAGACUUUGUUUUGUUGUAACUAUUCUCAUUGCAUCACCAGCAAUGGCCACAAAAUUCCUUUGUAACAGUAAGUAGCAUAGUCAUUUCAAACAGAUACCGUUUCAGGAUUCCCUAAGGCAUAAUAUUCGACCUUCAAGGAAACAAAAUGUCACUUAAACGAAUCAUUAUUUUGGACAGAACUUGUGUUUUUCCAUGUCAAAAGGAUAUUUUUGAACUAUUUAAUUUACUUUUUAUUUCAUAGUAUGAAUAAAAUCAAUUUACUGGUAAACAUGCCCAAAAUAAUUUUUGGUUAUCUUGAAUGUUGAGAAUGAUCGAUUGUCUCUUAACAAUGGCGGGUUUGAUGAUAAAUAUAUACAAAGUCUUAAUGUAAAGUCUAUCAUCGUGGUAGGUACGUGAUAUGUAAAAUAGACUGCGGUAUGGUAUAUGAUAACAUUUAUUUUUUUUACAAUAUACUUAUUGCCGAAAGGGAUUACGACAUCACGCUGCUACCACAGAGCCCAUUUAACAGCACAGCGUUAGGUCUUGGUUUCCACCUGUACGGGUUUCACCUGUUCACUGCACACGUAGGCAUUCCAAAGAUUCUUAUUUCGGCAUAUACAGAUCAAUUUUGUUUGAAGUACCUUUUUAGAGCGUUUUAACGACAGUUAUGCUAUAAAAUGGAACGAAUGCCACCCGUGAUGACUAUUUAUAGAUGAAAGAGCCAAACAACUUUCCACGAGUGAAAAUGGUCUGCGGUUUUCAGAACGCGAGGUUAAUGUUUUGCGAUAAUGGGGGUGGUAUAAAUAUGAAGUGUUUUUCUAUGUCAAACUGUCAUACUGGAACACAACUACUCCAAUAUCAUAGGUGACAGGAAGAUAUUUAAAAAGAAUAUAUUAUGAAUAGUUUAUGAAGUUAAAAACUAAGCAUGCAUUGCUUGAUUAUUUUUGGAAUCAGUUUGAUAAAUAAAUUUUAUCUGUAAAACGUUUGGUAAAUCUCUCAUUAAAUUCGUUUUAAAUUGCGUAUUAAAUGAAAAAUUCUAAAUAAGUAUGAUUGACCCUGGCUGUUAAUUUUUGACAUAACAAUGGUUUCGUCUAUGUAACUAUCUGCUCUGAUUGUGAAUCAUUUAAACCCGAGUUCUGAGGUAUCACGACGAUUAAACACUUCAAAAUAAUACAAAGAGCUGUUAGAUGAAAUUUUACCAGAACAGCAAAAAAAUAUAACACGCUGGUUGCUUUAUUUUUCGCAUUUAUCAUUUUCUUUAUGAAGCAUUUUUUCUUUAGCGUUGCUUUUAUGUUAUGUUGAAUUUGCACAAGUAGUGCUUAUAGAUUUCAGGAUAUGCAUAAUUGCUUUUGUAAUGAUUUCCGACUCGUAAACGUAUGUGAGGAAUUUGUAAGGUGUUGAUAACCAUGAUUAUACAUAUUUUUUUUAUAAAUUUUCUCUGAGCAACGUGUUUUACACCAUAAAAUUAUUUUUAUGUUUGAGGUUUUAUUGGUUGUGACGUGAUUGUGACGUCAUUUAUUAAUUCAGUGUGAUGUUUGAAUUUCAAUAUUCAUUUUUUUCGCAAUACUUCGCAACACCUAUAUAUCGUUUAUCACGUAGUCUUAAUGUUUCGUAACGUUUAUGUUAAGUGAUGUACGUGUGUAUCAUUUUCUCCCAGAGUACACUGCAUGUACCCUGCAUAACAUUGCCUAUUGUGGAUGUAAGGAACGGCAACUCUGGAGGUUUGUGAUGUAUUUGUUGCUCUGUUUGUAUUCGUCACGUGGUUUUUGAUAUAUCACGUGUUGUUUUACGUCACGAUAUAUAUAUAUAUAUCACGCAGCAUUCCUAUAAAUUGACACCUAAGCUGUUUAUACGUUGCGUGAUGUAUAUUUAACAUGAACAAGUCACGUGGUGUGUUUGUAAUGUGAUAUGUCGUUGUACUUUACGUUAUAUUAUGUGUAAUGUUAUGGUAACAAUGACAGAUUUGUAAUUAAACUAAGCUGUGGUGCCAA